UGCAUUCAGUCUUCAUAUUGAACUCACACCGAACAUUUCGUGAUCAUCAAAUUUGAUUUUAUUAAAAAUUUAAUUAUAGUUUUCACACCCAUUUUCCGACGAACCAAUAAUGGGACAUUUACAAUACGUUAUCGGAUUAUCCUUUCUCAUUGUUUUAGUGUAUUUCAAAUCAAGUAACGCUAUCAAAUGUUUCGAAUGCAACAGCGUCAACGACAAACGGUGUAGCGACGACGACAUCGAGAAAUACAAGACAGAUUUGGAGACGGAUUGCGACAGCAAGAGCAGCCCCCUGGGGGCGGAAAGCGGCACGAAGUACAAACUGUGCAGAAAAAUCAAACAAGUCAUAGAUUUUGAAGUAAAUGGACUGCAACCGGAGAGUCGCGUCAUAAGAACCUGCGGCUGGGACGACUCGCAGUACAAGAACAAGUGCUACCACAGGUCGGGCUUUGGAGGGCGGCAGGAAGUGUGUGCUUGUGAAGAAGACGGCUGCAACAGCAGCAGUGCGGUUUAUGCUUCUCUAGCGUUACUGAUAGGCCUAUUAGCUAUUCAUCUGUGAGGUGUAGUUAGUUGUUGGGAGUUAAUUUUUUUGCUCAUUUGUCUCAAACAACAACAAAAUUUUUAUAAUAAAUGUAAUUACCAAUCAGUUUGCUAACGCUCGAGGAGUUUUCGGUGUGGAUUUUUUUAUAGUGUCUGUUGAAUACUUACAAGAUAGGUACCCGUUUAAAUGAAUAAGCACAACGUUAACAAGCAACAGUAUCAUGUCUUGUAGUAGAAUUUAAAACUGUUAUUAGGGUCAUUAACUGCAAAAUGAUUUAAAAUUUAGAGUGACUUAUGAGAAUUUUUAGGGUGUAUUGUCAUCUCCAUCCGACCGCGUCCCUUAUUGAGCAAAUUUUAAAUCAAUUCGUUAGUUCCACUUUAGAAAAACCGAAUCGGUUUGUAGAUUAGUUACCUGAUUUGUUUUAUUCGGUUGCUUCAACGGACGUUAGAUGUAAAUAAUUUACUGCCAAAACUAUAUCUAUAAAUAAUUUGACGAGAUUGUUAAUCAUAAUGAUAGACUAACGUUACUGUUAUAUUAUUUUUAGAUGCACAACUAUAAUCUUAAGAAAACAAUAAAAACAUUGAUUUUGAAA